AUGCAAAGUCAAUUUGAUGAGUUAGCAGCUCUAUACGAAGAUAUGGCAUUAUGGCCAUUUAGAAAAGAUAUUGAAAUUCCAAAUGUUUUAGCUCUAGUAGGAGAUAUAAGGGGACUAUCGGUUCUUGAUUUUGGGUGUGGUACAGGCAUGUAUUCACGUCUGUUUAAAGAGAGGGGAGCAAAACGUGUAGUAGGUUAUGAUGUUGCUGAUGGUAUGAUAAAGUAUGCCAAAGAGCAAGAAGAAAAAAAUCCUGUUGGAAUCGAAUUUAUUUCUGAGUUAACUCCAACUCUUGAAAAUAUAUUUGAUUUAGUGGUAGGAGUUUAUGUAUUGCCGUAUGCUGCUACUCAUGAGGAAUUAUAUACAAUGUGCAGUACCAUGGCUGGUUUAGUAAAAUCUGGAGGUCGCCUAAUCACCCUACCAAUACAUCCAGAGUACGAUCCCAAUCCCAAAUAUUAUGAACCUUAUGGAUUCAGGUUAAUAUCUGAUAACCCCUAUACAGAAGGCGGUAAGAUUCAGCUGGAGCUUUGUUAUUCAAAUUAUGAUGUUAAAGUAACGGCAUAUUAUUGGUCAAGCAGCAUAUUGAAGGCAGCAUUAAUUGAGGCUGGCUUUUCAUCAGUUGAACAAAUUGAGUUAUUUACUAGUAGUACCGGUGAUUUAAAUAAAGCUUGUUCUACACUGAAAAAUUACAUAAAAAAGCCUCAUGCUUCUAUUUUAGAGUGCAAGAAAGAAAAAAUAUAG